CAUAACGAUGUUCUCCCAAACAUCAGCAUGUGUUGAUAAGGAAAAUAUUACAGCUGCUGAAGCUGUUCAAACCAAAAAUAUCUUUGAAACACCAUCACGAACACCUUUGCAUGAUGUAAAUGGUUCUACUGCUGAAAGAAGAUACUUGACUUUAAAGGGCUCUUUCACCCCAUGCAGCAAGGCACAAACCCCUAGCAUAGCACCAGGGAAAACUGCUAAAACUCCAGUAAGAUCCCUAAAAAGGCCUACCAAAGUAACAUUUGAUGUUAGCGCUGACAUUCAAGCUACAUUGACACCUCAGCUUGCACCAGAAUCAAAAUCAGACUUGCCUGAGUUGACAGAUACAGGGACCAUGAUGACACCAAAAAAGGAAGAAAAUGAGGUCAAAUCAACUGAAGGUAACACCAGUGUUCCAGUAGCCAUGGCAACUACUUCCACCAUGGUAACCCCAGUCAAGACUGCUGAAACAGGACAGAUGGUGUCCCCUGUUGCCAUGAAAACAACUUCUACCACUGUCACGCCAGUCAAGACUGUUGAACAAGAGCAGAUGAUGUCACCUGUUACCAUGGGAACAACUGCCACCAUGGUUACCCCAGUCAAGACUACUGAAACAGGACAGAUGACAUCCCAUGUUGCCAUUGAAAAUACUGCAACCAUGACGACUCCUAUCAGCUUGAGAGAUGCUGGAGGAAUGACCAGUCCAGUCAAGACACAUGACCAGGGUCAAGCUAUGAGUCCCAUGCCAUCUCUCCUGGAAACAAACAUAAUCUAUAAUGCAUUAACUCUGCUUCAUUACGCUGUCGUUGCUUUCGUAGAAUACUCUCGCGAGAUCUCGUGGUUAUCGAGAUCUUACAACGCUCCACAUUCGAACUUGAUAACCAUAACGAUGUUCUCCCAAACAUCAGCAUGUGUUGAUAAGGAAAAUAUUACAGCUGCUGAAGCUGUUCAAACCAAAAAUAUCUUUGAAACACCUUCACGAACACCUUUGCAUGAUGUAAAUGGUUCUACUGCUGAAAGAAGAUACUUGACUUUAAAGGGCUCUUUCACCCCAUGCAGCAAGGCACAAACCCCUAGCAUAGCACCAGGGAAAACUGCUAAAACUCCAGUAAGAUCCCUAAAAAGGCCUACCAAAGUAACAUUUGAUGUUAGCGCUGACAUUCAAGCUACAUUGACACCUCAGCUUGCACCAGAAUCAAAAUCAGACUUGCCUGAGUUGACAGAUACAGGGACCAUGAUGACACCAAAAAAGGAAGAAAAUGAGGUCAAAUCAACUGAAGGUAACACCAGUGUUCCAGUAGCCAUGGCAACUACUUCCACCAUGGUAACCCCAGUCAAGACUGCUGAAACAGGACAGAUGGUGUCCCCUGUUGCCAUGAAAACAACUUCUACCACUGUCACGCCAGUCAAGACUGUUGAACAAGAGCAGAUGAUGUCACCUGUUACCAUGGGAACAACUGCCACCAUGGUUACCCCAGUCAAGACUACUGAAACAGGACAGAUGACAUCCCAUGUUGCCAUUGAAAAUACUGCAACCAUGACGACUCCUAUCAGCUUGAGAGAUGCUGGAGGAAUGACCAGUCCAGUCAAGACACAUGACCAGGGUCAAGCUAUGAGUCCCAUGCCAUCUCUCCUGGAAGCUGGAACAACGGUCACUCCAGUUAAAUAUGAAAGCACUGGACAGGCGACCAGUCCAGUAUCCAUGUCAACCACAGAGACAGCAAUGACACCACCGCCAGUCAGAGUGAGCACUGGGACAGUAACGUCUCCAGUCCAGGUACCAUUUGGCAGGUUCUCUGAGAUAGCAGAGGUCAGUCACCUGGAUCCUGUGAAUUUGGCCCAUCAGCUGGAGAGUGCAGGUAUAAGUAAUGAACUGCUGCGGGGUGAGAUAACCUCCUUGAGAGACCACUGUGAACAGAGAGCUAGGCAGCUAGAUCAGCUCAAAGAAGACCUGGCCACCAAGGAAGUGUCUUUGGAAGAAUACAAGGAAAAGAUCCUUCAUGUAGAGUUGGAGGCCAAGGCAUCGGGACAAGAAGUUGUUGCUGACUUGAUGACACAGCUCGGACAGCAGAUGUCCCAAAUUGCUGAUCUUGAAUCUAAAUUAAAGAGUAAAGAUCAGGUAAUCAUUCAAAUGAAAGAGGCACAUGACACAGGCUUAAGAGAGCUGCAAGAACGACAACAGAAAACUGUUGAGAUGCUGCAGCAGAAGAAUCAAAACUUGCAAGACGACCUUUGUACAGCUUACAAACAACACAAGAAAGAGUUGGCAGCACUCAAAGAAGAGCACUCCAGAUUUGACUACAAAUCUCUCUACCAUAAAGCUCAGCAAACCAUUGCAGAGCUGGAAGCUGAGCUUGAAGUGUAUUCCUCACUGAAGGACGCCAUUGAAGAAUAUGAGAGGCAGCAGGAAGCAGUUACAAAGGCAGUUCAGGAAUCCCACAGUAAUGUGAUUAAAAUGUUUGAAAAGGUGCAGGAACAAAAAGAAAUGUGGGCUACAGAGCAUACAAACUGGCAGGCAAAAAUGAAUGAAAAUGACAUCAGAACUCAAGCAGCUGUGGAGACAAGUGAACAAGCUAGAAAGCAAAUGGAAGAUUUUCAGCAACGGGCGGAUGAAGCCAUCAAAGAGUUGAAUAAGAUGAAGGAAAUUCACAGAGUUGAUGCAGAAGAAUUGCUCAGUGCAACAGAACAAAUAACUGAAUUGACUGCACAGCUGAAUUACCUUAAUAUGGAAAACCAUAAGUUAACAAAACAAGUAGGGGACUACGAGGUGAAACAGGUGGAGCAUUUCCAAGAGGUUAUUACCCUAGAAGCAGCUCAGAAAGUUAUGGAGAGAGAACUGAUGAAAGAGAAGGAAAUAGGAACAAAAACUGCAGAAAGAUUGAAGGAUUUGAAUCAUCAUUUAGAAGAGGAAUUCAAGAGAUUCGACCUUGAAGUGCUGAAUCUACAGAGGACUUUGGACUACCGAGAGCAGGAUGUGGAGAGACUAGAACAACAGCUGUCAGAAUUACAGGUGACCCUACAGGCUAGGGAAGAGCUGGUGGACAAACUGAAAGCUGCUGUUCAUGCACAGAGACUGGAGCUGGAGGCCAACUGCAGUGUGAAGCGAGAGCUGAUUGAAGUGAAGGAACAACUGGAGAUGACUCAGACACAAUCCAAGGAGAUGUAUGAGUUCCUGGAAGAAGAGAGAAGGGGUCUUACUGAUACCCUAAGAGAGUCAGGAGAGAGACUCUCUGUCACUAACCUGGAACUGUCUAGGUGUAGGACGGAGGUGCAGGAAAAGACAGUAGUCUGUUUACAGAUGGAGAACACCAUUCAGAACAUGAGCCAGGGUGUCCAGCUGUUGCAGGAGGAGUUGGACAACACCAAGGCCAAUGCCCACCUGAUGUUGAUGACCCAGGAUACAGAGAUCAGUGACUCCAUGCUGGCAGUGGAUGGGCUGUGUGAGAGGAUGAGACUCCUGGUGGAGGUACUGGAGGAAAAGGCAGCUAAGCUACAGGGAGUGGAAAAUGAGACACCAGAAUACCAACAGGCUGCUUCACGUCUACCUCCAAAUCUGGAAUCAUGUAAAGAUUCCCCUUCCAGCAGUGAUGGUGAUGUGUCAAUGCACGUGCUGUCUCCGCCCUUGUUGAGUUCCACUGUGGUCUCUCAUUCUCUGGUCUCCUCCAUCCUGAGUGCUGUUAGGAAGGCAACGGACACCUCGUCAGCAUCUUCCAAAGAGGAGGAGAACCAAGAGGAACCAAAUCCUGCAGAGGCCAGUACUUUUAUACUGGAAGAAAACUGUGAGAAUAAUCCGAGUGCCAGUGAUUCAGAGAAAUCUGGCAAACAGUUGAACAGUGUAAUCCAUCCAGGUAAACUUGUAACAAAUGAUGCACCUGAUACAGCAGGCCACCAAAGAAAAGGACUUGAUUUCCCUGACAGUACAGUAGCCAAAACAAGCACAGAAAAAGUGCAUUUGCUAACCCCAGAGAGUGACAUGGGAGAAACAGAUAAUAAAACUGUAAAAGGAAGUGCAUUCCAGAGGGUUCAACCUUGCCAGGGCCAAGUUCCCAAGUCAGUACCGAAUGAAGAGACCAAGGCAGAGGAGGAGGAGGAAGAGAGUGAGGAGGAAUCACUCACACAGCGGAUCAGUAGAGCUGCUGCAUUCAUGGAGCAGAUUGUGAGUUUGGUGCAGCUGCUACACAGGAUCACUUUCUCUUCAAUCAAAGAACUUGAGAAAGAAAACGACUACUUGAAGGGAAAAAUUGCCGAGAAUCAGUCCAUGUUUGACAAAAACUUGGUUGGACUUAAAGACGACCUGAAAAGCACAGAAAUCAAAAGCCGUAAACUUCAAGUAAGGUUGGAGUUCAAGGUGGGAGAAGUGAAGAAUCUCCAGGAAAGUCUGGACAAGGCUGAGAGGAGGAUCUGUGAGAUGGCAGAGCAGUUCAGCAGCAUUGCAGACCAGAAGGAGAAAAUUCAGAAAUAUUCCAAAGAGAUAGAUCGACUUAGUAAACAGGUGAAGAGCGUUGAACUGGAAAGGACAUUACUGCAGGAGCAGUUGAAAGACUGUCUGAGCAGGAUUGAUGACUUGAAACAGGGACUUGGCCUGGAGGUCACUGAGGGCAAGCACAUACUGGAGAACCAUGUGUUGAAGAAGGAAAAACUCCAACUGAAUGAAAAGCUGCUGGAGAAGAGAGAAGAAGUAGACAUUUUGCAGUCUAAACUAGACAGGGAGAUGAAGAAGUAUUCUAAGGACCUAAAGGAAGCACAAACUGCCAUUUUCCACUAUGACAGGCAGCUGGAGAACAUACGAAAGGUUCUUGAAAAACACCAAUACUUGCUGAUAGGAAGACCUGACCUUCAGAAAGUAAUGAGUGAGCUUAGUGGUGAAAAUCACAGCCAUUAACAUUGCUUUGGUGAAAUUCCAAACAGUCAAAGAACUUUGCUGUUUGAAGUCUUAAUAACAAGAACACCAAAAUUGUUAGCAUUCUUAAAAGAUCAAGGUACAUCUUCACCUGUAUAUGAUGUAUUAUUUCACUUUUCACACCUUGGCAUCUUAUGUAUAUGUUAUAUAAUGUUUAAAUUAGUUGCUUCCAUAAUGCUCUCCUGUACAUCAGGUAUAGAUAAUUGUUAUCAGAUUACUAUUGUAGUACUGUGACUGAAAUCUAAUAAUUUGCGUAUUGUGUGAGGGCGUUUUUGUAUGAUAAAUGUAUUGAAAUAGCUACGGGAUGUUUCAGGGAGUCUUUAUUUAAAAAAGUAAGAGAAAUAUUAUUAAAUGUUAUUGUAAAAUAAAAAGUGAUUUACUUGGCAUUUAGUUGUAAAUAUCAAACUCAAUUUUUCUAUAAUAAAUGUUAUAUUCAAGCAAGAAU